AUGAAGGAAACAUAUCUAGCCAUCGGCUUCGUCUCUGUGUUAUCUCUGUUCGCUCUGUUCUGUGUCAUAAAGUUCGCCACAUCAGUCAGCGACCAGGAUAAGACUUACGAGACUUAUGCUGAGAUUGCUGAGAUUGUUGAGUUGAAGCUUCCAGUGCUGGCGAACGUAGAUGUUUGGAGUGAUAUGAAACGCUUUUCUAUUGCGUCUUUUCGAUAUCCAUACCUCGUCGCCAUUAUAGCUCGCAGCAACGUUCCUCACAACACACAGGGCUGGAGUUUCAUAUGUUUCGGCAGCUUUAUCACCAUGAGGUGGAUUGUCACCGCCGCGCACUGCAAGAUACCAGAUAACAGCGCCCACCGAGUGUUCCUCUACCGCGACUACAUCCAUAACCACACGAAUACCUACCCCAUCCUGCGGUGGAAGGUGCACCCCGGCUACAUCCCCAACAGCACCGUGCCGUGGCACGACAUAGCUCUGGCCGAGGUCGACAAGGACAUGGAGACAGCUGCGCCUGCCUUCUUUACCCAUGGAGUUCAGCAGCUCUGGCCGAGGUCGACAAGGACAUGGAGACAGCUGCGCCUGCCUUCUUUACCCAUGGAGUUCAGCAGGUACACCAAUAGACUACCCCCGCGACCCCACCAACACCCAUCCUGCGGUGGAAGGUGCAACCUCGGCAUCCCCAACAGCACCGUCCCGUGGCACGACAUAGCUCUGGCCGAGGUCGACAAGGACAUGGAGACAGCUGCGCCUGUCUUCUUUACCCAUGGAGUUCAGCAGGUCCAAGCCAGCGUUUGGAAGACCGUAAUAACCAUGGACCGCCGCACAUACCUCACCAACAACAUGGAGAUAUACGACGUCGAACUAGUUGACCCAAUUUUAUGUUUCGAACGCUACGGAUUCACCUUAGACGACACGCUUAUAUGCGUCAAUAUGACCCACAACGCUGACUGCUUUAUCACUGAGUUCGGACCUAUCUUUACCCCCACAGAACGUGUGCUAGGGGUGUUGAGAUUGAUGCCGAACGAUUGUGACAAUAACCUGGCCAUUUUUACGAAUGUUACGUCCUAUUUUGAGUGGAUUUCGAAGGAGACUAGUGCUGGGAAAGAUAGGGUUGUCUAG